CAACCAGCAACCAGUUCGGACGUGAAAUUCGUAUGUGCUCGCAAGAAAGCAAAAAUAAAUAUAAGCGAAAAAAUCGUACGUGUUCUGAUAAAGUGAAGAGGAAAAAAAGUAAAGCAAAGUUAAUCGAAAGUGAUUGAUGCAAAUUAAACUCUGUAUUUGAGAGAGUGGCAAGAAGAAUCAACCUCGUUGUUGUUGUUAUUGUGAUUGACCGCGAGAGCGCCUGUGUGUUGUUAAAUACGGCAAGUGGCCGGAGAAUCGGCUCAGUUUCCUUGCACCCUCGGAACUAAUCGCACAACAGCAGCAGCAGCAGCAACCAAACCUAACCUCACUUUUCGCCGUCGGCCGUCUGUCAUCCGGGAGAGAGAGAUUUCACCAUCGCAGGACUCGUUGGUUUUCUGUGGCUCUGGCCUUGUUUUGGUGUCUUUUCGUGUUUACUUUCACCAAAUUAAACUUCAUCAAAAAGAACAGAACCAGUCAGAAUUCGGAAAACCGGUUCCAUCGGCAGCAGAAGCAGCUCUGAUUACAUCACAGAGAGCUCGCGGCUCCGCCGGAGCUGAGCGCGAGGAGCGCCAGUGCUUCGCCCCUCCUCAUCGCAGGGGGCCCGUGCUGAUAUUUCCAGUUUCAGUGAACGACGUCUGAGGGGGGAAAAAGUAUGUGACUGUAGUUCGUUCCGUGGCCUACUUGAGAAGCAACAAAAAACGGUUCGGGUUUAAAUCAGAAGAAUACGGAAAUUUGUUUUUAUCACGAAAAUUUUACGUCGUGAAAGAAUAAUAACGAUUUCGGGUAGUAAAAAACGUAAAAAAAAAAUUGUGCGCGCCCUUACGUUGGUAUUGUGCGACGAAGAGAGCAAGAAAAGUUAACUUUCGUUGCUGUGUUGGUGUGUUAAUUUUCGUAAUACACGGUUAAGGGAAGAAGUAAAGAAAAAAAAAACAAAAUAUCAGAAAUUUUUAAAAAGUAUGUCAAAUCGUGAGCGAGAUACAUUAAUUCAUCUUUUCGCUGGAGGUAUCGCAGGUACUGCUGGCGCCGUGGUAACAUGCCCGCUGGAAGUGGUCAAAACGCGUCUCCAAAGUUCGUCCGCCUCGUUCAUCAGCGUGCCGCCGCGUAUCGUGACCGAUCAUCACGGCGCCGGUAAGUUGUCCUCGUCGUCGUGCGGAUCGAACGAGCAUCUGCGCAGCAACAGCAACUCCGCCGAGCACCAUUCCAGACAGCGGGUAUGCGCUAGCACGCUGCUGAGCCGCCGCCGGCCAUCGAUCCUCGCCAUCCCGCAGUGUGGCCUCUCGACGUCGGUCCAGUCGAUCUCGAUCUGGCAAUGCCUGAAGCACAUCGUCCAAAACGAGGGCGGUCGCGCCCUGUUUAAGGGCCUCGGGCCGAACAUUGUCGGCGUGGCGCCGUCCCGUGCGAUCUACUUUUGUGCGUACUCCAAGGCCAAAAAUGCGCUGAACACGGUUGGCAUCAUCCCGGCCAACUCGCCGCUCGUGCACAUCAUGAGUGCGUCCUGCGCCGGCUUCGUGUCCGCCACGCUCACCAACCCGAUCUGGUUCGUCAAGACGCGCCUCCAGCUGGACUACAACGCCAACGCGAAGCAGUCCGUGUCGGAGUGCGUACGCCGGAUCUACGCGACGCAGGGCCUGACCGGGUUCUACAAGGGCAUCACCGCCAGCUACGUCGGAAUCUCCGAGACGGUCAUCCACUUUGUGAUCUACGAGGCGCUCAAGAAGAAACUGAACGAGAUGCGCGACACCAGCCCAGGAGACGACAAGACUUCGCGCGACUUUCUGGAGUUUAUGGCGGCCGGGGCGACCUCCAAGACGAUCGCGUCGGUGGUGGCGUACCCGCACGAGGUGGCCCGGACCCGGUUGCGCGAGGAGGGCAACAAGUACCGCAGCUUCUGGCAGACGAUUCACACGGUGUGGAAGGAGGAGGGCAAGGCGGGACUGUACCGUGGCCUCGGCACGCAGCUGGUCCGACAGAUCCCGAACACGGCCAUUAUGAUGGCCACGUACGAGGCCGUCGUGUACGUGCUGUCCAACCAGUUCAACAACCCGGCCGGCAACCUGAUGGUGGGCAACUGAGAGCAGGCCGAUGGCGGCGGGACCGAUACUGGCUAUCGGUUCCCGGCGCUGGCCACGCUGCUUGAACGCGCUCGCGUUGCCGAGGAGGAGGACGUCGUCACCUCGGGGACCACCGCCUUCGAGGUCGAGCUCGAGUCGGCGUUCAUUGUACAUUGUAUUAGUGAUUUCUUCGUAGAUCUGUAAGGAUCUACCGCGGAAGGUACGAACGAACGCGUGAGGAGGGAGGGUCAUUGGAUUGUUGUUUUUUUACACGCGCGCCCUCCGCAGAGAAAAAUUGUUAAACAUAUUUAUAUACACAAACACUCAAUUGAUUAUUAUAUUUCUCAAAAAUGCGAACAAAAUUCUGUAGUUUGUAAGAAAAGCGCAAACACAUCGAGCGUUGGUUUCGAUGAUUUCGCCAAAUUUCCUGUUGUACAAGUGAGAAAAGAUUACAAAAAAAGAACACACACAAAAAUCUUGAACGAUUGUGAGACUGACUGUGAAAUUUUGUUUUGUUUUUGCAAAAUGUUAGUUUAACUUGUUUUUGUUUCGUUUAUUCGCAUAUUAUUUUCGGUUCUACGGAAAAGAGAGAUUUUUUUUCUGUUUGCAAUCCCUAAUUUGCUUCGCCCGCUAGUUUGUAAGCAAUUCACCCCAAAUUAGUCAAGAAGCACCAAGUCGCUUGAAAAAAUUAUAUUAAUUUUUGACUCGGGCUUCCUUAAUUCACAUGUAAUGCUUUAUCGUAAAACAAAACCUUCUAGUUCAAAUAAAUACGCAAUAGAAACUCCAAGUCGACCAAAUCAAAGGGAAAGGGGGGCAUCUUCCAACUGCAACGCGAGCCAAUUAACGCACAUCUAGAGCACUUUUAGGGAUUCUGAUUUGUGGUUAAUUGAGAGAGCUGAUUGUCAGGGUGGUCACUUAAGUCCAGAAUUCAAGAAAACAAAAUAAUCUCAAAAUUAAUCGCAAAAAAUACAAAACUCACUUCUAAAAACAUGUGUGAAAAAACUGCAUAAAGUGAUCAACUCUUGUUAUUUUAAUUUUUAUAUUUUUAGCUUUGAUUUGUCAAACAUGAAAAAAUUACAAAAAUAUCAAAAUUACUCGAAAAUAAAAAUCUGCCAAAAUUAAAAAAAAAGCAAAAAGCAUAAUUUGCUAAAAAUAACAAAAUUUGAAAAAAAAAUAACAUAAUUUGUCAAAAAAUAACAAAAUUUGAAAAAAUAGCAAAAUUUGUAAAAAAAUAACAAAUUCUGUAAAAAAAUGUAAAAAAUAUUAAAAAUAACAUAAUUUGUUAAAAAUAGCAUAAUUUGUCAUUUUUGCUUGCUAAUUUUUACAAAUUUUGUUAUUUUUGACACACUUUGUUAAUUGUGACUAAUUUUGUUUUUUUUUACUUAUUUUGUAAAAUUUAACAAUUUUUGUUAUUUUUGACACAUUUUGUUAUUUUUUUUGACAAAUUUUGUUAAUUCCAACAGUUUUUAUUUUAUUUUAUCACGAUUUGUUAAGUGUUAUUUUUGAUAAAUUUUGUUAUUGUUGUUAAAUUUAGCUUUUUUUAACAAUUUUUUUUAAUUCUGACAGAGUUUGUUAUUUUUGACACAUUUUGGUAAUUGUGACAAAUUAUGUUAUUUUUGACUUAUUUUGUUAAUUUUAACAAAUGGUGUUAUUUUUGACGCAUUUUACCUAGAAUAUUUUUUCACAAAUUUUGUUAUUUUGACAAAUUUAGCAAUUUUCAAAAAAAAAUUGUUUUUAUUUUUUACAUAACAUGUUAUUUUUGACAGAUUUUGUUAUUUCUAACAAAUUUUGUUAUUGUUGUUAAAUAUUGUUUUUUGUUGUCAAAUUUAGUAAAUUUUGAAAAAUUUCGUUUUUUUACAAAUUUUUUUAAUUUUGACAAAUUUUGUUAAUGUUGACUAACUUUGUUAAUUUUGACAAAUUUUGUUAAUGUUGACGAACUUUGUUAAUUUUGACAAACUUUGUUUUUGUCAAUUUGUUAUUUUUGUUAAUUUUGAUUUUUUUUGUUAAUUUUGACUUUUUUUUUUAAAUUUUGACACAUUUUAUUAAUCUUAUAAAAAAGUAAUUUUAGACAUUUUUUUUAUUUUUAAAAUUUUUAUUAUUUUUGACAAAUUUUGUUAUUUUUUGUGAAAUUUUGUUAUUUUGACAUAUUUUGCUAUUUUGACAUAUUUUGCUAUUUUGACAUAUUUUGCUAUUUUGACAUAUUUUGUAUUUUUUAACAAAUUGUUAUUGUACAAGCUUUGUUGUUUUUGACAAUUUUAUUUUACGGACUUGUUAUUCUUUUUACAAAUUUUGUUAUUUUUGAAUUAAUUUGUUAGUUUUGACAUUUUUUUUUAAAUUUUCGGUUUUAUGUAAUUUUGGAAAAGUUUUGUAAUUUUUCACAAAUUUAAUAAUUUUUGACAAAUUUUGUGAUUUCAGACAUUUCUUUUAUUUUUGCCAUUAAUGAUUUUUAUGCUGUUAUAGGACGCGUUUUUUCUUUUGUUUUUCGAACAGUUUUAGAAGAUUUCAAAUCCUAUUAAUUUUCUGAAAAUAUGAGAGCAAACAGAAAAUUUCAAUAAAUAAAUUUCAGUGGCCACCCUGCCAGAUUUUGAUUUGUGAUUGAUGAAAAGAGAAAUCUGAUUGCGCACAGCACAAAAGAAAUCAUUUGAACUGGAAGUGUGCAGAAUGAAGCGCUAGUAAAGUGAACGGAAAUUACAGUUUUUGUACGGCUUCUUACAAUUGUUGUUUUGUAAAUAUUAGGUUUCUAGCACUAGAACACUCAUACUGGUACUUGAGCGUAGAGUGAAUUGGUUAAAGCAACUUUUAGUCAGUUGAUUUUCUCGGCUGGGCAAAACUUGUUUACUAGCAGCAUUUAUGUAUACUUGUUUAGUAUUUUGGUAAUGAAAGUAAAUUUUGGGUUCUAAAAAGCACAGAAAAUCUGCGGGAAAGGGAAAUUAGCGACAACAAUUUUGCCGGGCUAGAAAAUGUCUAGACACUCUGUGAUUUACAUUAUAUUAACCAUAUUAUAUUUAAGAAAGAGAGUAACAAACAAACUUGUGGUACGCGUAUAUCAAAUAGUCGUAUUGUAUGUCUUAAUCAGGAACAGAAAGGAAUUUUGACUAGCAUUACCUAGAACUGAUUACAGCUCUCGUGAGCCUACCUUUAACCCCCACACUGAAAACAAAUUGAAACCGAAAUCAAAGCUUCGUCGUAAUGUCACAGUGCUUAAACUGAACCUUUCCCACUUAACUUAAAAGGGCGCGAUUUUAAACAAAAAAACUAGAAAACACAAAUUACGUUAACAAAACAGUUAAAAAAGUACAACGAAAAAAAAUCGCAUUACAAAUAGCAAACAGACAAAUACCGAAGAAAGUUGUGCCAAGAUUUAGAAGCGUAGUAGCGGAGGUCUGACCUAUCUCAACGGCGGCAAAGCCGGCUGACAGUUGACAAAGUGGCGCUGGACGACCGCCAACGUGCGGUCAAUGGCCGGCGGCGUUGUCGUUGGGAAGAUGAAAAAAAAACGCGCAAUUUGAACACGUACUAAAAAUGCUAAAGAUAGUUUGAUGAUGGGAAAGGGCGUUUUACACUGAGAGAGAUAGAGGGAAAAAAGAUAUGAAAAAGCGAUAAAAAAAUAAACACAAAUAAUUUUAUUUAUCAAGUUACAAGUGAAUUGUACCAUUUGAAAAAAGCG